UUCAUCGUCAUUCAUCAAAGCGGUGCAGACGUGUGCAGUUGUUUAGUAAAGUUUGAAAAAAAAAGUCGUUUAAAGAGAAAAUUAUUUAAUUUUUGAUUUCAAUUCUCUGUGUGUGCUAAAAAAGUUGUGUAGAGAAAAAAAAGGUCUAGCAAAUUCUCUUGUUCAUAAAGUUCAAUUAAAUAAAGUUGAUUUGAAAUUGUGUUUUAUUCAGGCAAUAAAAUACAGGAUCAUAUAUAAAAGUGUAAAAGUAAUCUGAAUUUUAUUAAAUCGUUUACAUUUUUAUUUUACAAGAAAAAAAUUAAAAACUCUUAACAAAAUGGCCGAUGUUGCAGUUGAAAACAAAGAGACUGUUGUCGAGAAAGUAGCCGCCGAGGAAGUUGAUGCAACAAAAAAGGAUAAGGAGGUAGUAGCUGAAACUCCCGCUGCUGUUGAAGAAGCCACCACCACAGAAAAUGGUGAUGCUGAAGCAGUGGCUGAAAGCACCAGCAGCGAAGAGACUAAGGAAAAUGGGGACGGCAGCGAGGCUGCCGCAACUGCUGUUGCCGCCGAUGAUACAGAUGCCGCCGCCGAAGCUGAAGCUCCCGCUGCCACAUCUGAAGCAACUGCUACCGCUGAGUCAGCGCCAGCUGAAAACGGAGUCGAGGAAACCGCUAAAGCUGAAGCCAAUGGUGAUGCUACAGAUGCCGCCCCUGCUGAAGCUGUUAAAAGGAAAGUUACUGAAGCUGAUACUCCUAAAUCGGAAGAAAUUGCUGAAGUUACACCUGAGAAGAAGGCUAAAUUAGAGGAAGCCUCGAAGGAGGAUGUCCAAAAUGGUGCGGAAACAACUGAAGUAGCGGCUUAAUUUUUCUUAAAUCCUCUUUUUUAUAUAUAAUACAUAAUAUAUAUAAAUAUUAAAACACAUUGACACAAACGACACAUACACAAACUUAAUUCUAAUAAUUUACUUACAAUUAACAAUUUAAGAAAAUAGUUGAAAAACUGAAAAAGAAACAAAAAAAAACAAAAAAAAAAAAA